AGCCCAGCAGGCACUGUGAUAUGUUACAGCUCUUUUGCAACAGGGACAAAAACGAGCAGCUUGUUCUUUCCGGUAUGAGCUGAGAGUCUCAUGUUUCAGCUCCUCCUUCACAUUCCAGGCCUGCCCAGGCUCCUCCACAAAGAUUUCAAAAAUGGAGCCUUUCACAACUAGUUAUCCUCUGAAAUACUCAGUGCACAAAGCCAGGAUCUUUGUUGUCUUCCUGUCAAUGGUUUUGUGCACCACCAUUCUCUGCCUGCUGCAACUCAGGUUUUUUAAACCUAAAAUCAAAGAUUUUUAUUCUUUUGAAGUCAAGGAUUCACGAGGAAGGAUUAUUUCUUUGGAGAAGUACAGAGGGAAAGCAACUUUGGUUGUAAACGUGGCCAGUUACUGCCAAUACACAGACAAAAAUUACAUCGCCCUGCAAGAGCUGCACAGAGAGUUUGGUCCCUCCCACUUCACUGUGCUGGCGUUUCCCUGCAACCAGUUCGGAGAAUCAGAGCCUGGCUCAAGCCAGGAAAUAGAAUCUUUUGCCAAAGGAAACUAUGGAGUAACAUUCCCUGUUUUCCACAAAAUCAAGAUCCUAGGAUCAGAAGCAGAUCCCGCCUUUAAAUUUCUAAUAGAUUCUUCAAAGAAAGAGCCUCGAUGGAAUUUCUGGAAGUAUCUUGUUAACCCUGAGGGUAAAGUCGUGAAGUUCUGGAGACCUGAAGAGCCAAUAGAAAGUAUCAAACCAGAGGUAACAUCAUUAAUCAGGCAGAUUAUCAUGAAGAAAAGAGAAGACCUCUGAAAAAGCUGUUCAACUCCAUGGUUCUGGACUGGCUCCUGCAGUGGCCUCAAGAACACUGAAGUUACUGACACAGUGAGGCACUCAGUACUUUGCAGAAGGGACCAUCAAUUUGCAUAAAGGGUUUAUGAUUCCUUUUCAACAGCUAAUUAAAAAUUUCACCAGCAGGUAAAUAGUUAGAAAGAAGGUUUAUUAAUAAAUUACUCAUAUUUACACAGUUUUUUUCCCCCAUCUACCAGUAACACAGAGAUUUUAUAUUCUAUUAACACAUAAUUACCCUGUCAAGAAAGACAUGGGACCCAGAGACAUCCAUAGCAGGGUUUCAUAUAUAUAACUGAACAUACCAGCUUUGCAAUAUCUUCUCAAGGAAGACUACUGAACUGUGAAACUGCCCGUUGCAAAAAAAUGUACAUGGAAAAUAAAAUUAUUAAAAGAAGCACCAAAACUGAAAUAAAGUUUGCUUGCUGCUUCAUA